AGGACGGACGUAUUCGCUCCCGCUGCAGGCCUUCUCCACACGUGCUCUCGCUCCCGUUCUCUUGGAUUCCUUAUUCUGGAAGAACUUCUUGCUCGGGUUUUUCUGUGUCAUAGUGAUUCGUCCUCGUGUUACGGACAGUGAGGUUGUACAUUACGUGAAGCUUUGGUUGAUACAAGAAACAUUUCUUUCCUAUUGAAGUGUAUGAUUAUAAACUUGGAAAUAUUGGCUGACUUGUUCGAUGUGGAAGGGAAAUACACUGGAGUGAAAUUAAUAUACAGGAUUUCCUUUUAAGAAAUGCAGAGGUUUUACAGCGUCUCGGAGAAGCAUGCAAAGGGCUGCCUUACAUAGUGACUUUGACCUGACUUAAGGAAUUUUUUGACGAUGGCUGGUUCUCACCUGGUCAUCGGCAUAGAGAGGAUUGUCUGCCUGUAUUUCAUUCUUGCUACAGGU